AAUUUCAUGGCUCUUUCUGGGUUUGAAGGUUUUGAAAAACGCCUAGAACUCCAAUUCUCCGGUGAUGAUCCGAUGAUCGGUAUCGGACUCCGACGACUUGAUUUUGAAUCAAUUGAAGAAGUGUUAGAUGCUGUACAAUGCACAGUCGUAUCAGCCGUUGGUAACCAUUACUUUGAUGCCUACGUUUUAUCAGAAUCAAGCUUAUUUGUUUACCCUACAAAGAUCGUCAUCAAGACCUGUGGAACUACCCAUCUCCUCAAAUCAAUCUCUCCACUCUUGUCUCAUGCUCAUCAUAUGGGUCUCCGUGUAUGUGGUUGCAGAUAUUCUAGAGGUAAUUUUAUAUUCCCUCAAGCUCAACCUUUCCCUCACACAAGCUUUAGAGAAGAAGUUAUGUACUUAGAACAAAGCUUGCCUAGUAAUCUUUGUUACAGAAAAGCUUGUGUUAUGCCUUCUAAGUUGCCAUCACAGUACACAUGGCAUGUGUAUUCUGCAAGUGAUGAGCAUCAUGUAGUUGUGGAACAAAUGCCUGAGCUGUUCACUAUAGAGGUGUGUAUGACAGAGCUUGAUCGUGUGCUUGCUCGGAAAUUUUACCGGCGGCCUGGAGAUGGUAACUCCGGCGACGUGGCUGGAAGGGAGAUGACUGCAUUGACGGGUAUUGGAGACAUCAAUCCUGGUGGACUUGUAUGUGAUUUUGCAUUUGAUCCAUGUGGGUAUUCCAUGAAUGGUAUGGAUGGGACCCGCUAUUCCACGAUACACGUGACCCCAGAAGAUGGGUACAGCUAUGCAAGUUUCGAGUGUGUGGGGUCCACCGAGGAUGAUCGAGAAGAAAUCGGAGAAAUGUUGAAGAAGGUGGUACAAGUGUUCCGGCCGGCGACGAUGUCAGUGUCGAUAACCACAUGUGUGAGUCAAGAUGUGUGGACACGUGUCAAGAAUGCUGUUGAGUCAGUUGGAUUGAGUUGUCGAAGUUGUGUGGUGGAUGAGUUCCCGGCGGCAGGUAGUGUUGUGUUCCAAACGUUUAUGACUCGCCGGAAGUAGUAGCCGGAGUUUGAUUUAUUUUUAAAGUAGCUAGACAUGGAUGAUAUUC